AAUCUCUAUUUACUCCCAUCGUUUUGCAUGUAGACAACAACCAUCUGAUAACAAAGUAUGAGCCGAAGAACUCCAUCAAAACAAAUCUCACUCAUCAAACUUUAACAUUUAAUUAUCACAAUAUGUUUUCUUUUCUUAUCUUCCUGUUGGAGGUUUUUCAGGUGGUUAUUGCUGCCGUGGUCUCCAUUGUCUUCUUAGUGUUCGCGGGUCUAACACUGGUAGGUUCCGCCACGGCAUUAACCAUAACCACACCGCUUUUUAUCAUAUUCAGUCCGAUUCUUGUACCAGCCACGAUAGCCACUGCUGUCAUAACCACAGGAUUCACCACCGGUGGCGCACUCGGAGCGAUGGCCGUUGCUCUCAUACGUAGGAUGGGAGUAAAGCCGACUGCGGAAGGAACUUCGUCAACCCAACCUCUGCUCAAAUUGCCAGUUUAUGGUGGAUAUGGAGGAUUUUGGGGAGGGAAGAAAUUUUCUGGAACAUUCGGGAAUAAACCAGGUGGUGGAGCUGCGCCUGGAGGGGGUGGAAAUCCAUUUGGAGACAUCUCAAAAUGGUUCGGACCAGGGGCCGCAGGUGGAGGUGCACCUGGAGGACUUGGAGGGGGCGGAAAUCCGUUUGCAAACAUCUCAAAAUGGUUCGGACCAGGGGCCGCAGGUGGAGGUGCACCUGCCGCUGAAGCUGCGCCUGCCGCUGGAGCUGCGCCAGCCGCUGGAGCUGCGCCUGCCGCUGGAGCUGCGCCUGCCGCUGGAGCUGCGCCAGCCGCUGGAGCUGCGCCUGCCGCUGGAGCUGCGCCAGCCGCUGGAGCUGCGCCUGCCGCUGGUGGAAGUACACCACCCACAUGGUAAAGGAAAUAAGUCAAGUUGUUCCAACAUGUAUAUUGUGCAUUGAUUCAUAAGGAAACAAAAGCUUUUUAAAACGUUUUUUGUUCUUAUGUAAUCUCAAAGCUGAUUAUACUGAAAUAAAGAAACACAUGGACUAUGCUACAAUGUUUAUUAAUUUCAUAUAACGUGAUGAACAAACGGGAA